GAUAAAUUCAGGUACCGCCAUUUUGAAAUAAGCGCGGGAGAAAUUAAAAAUUUGAAUUUCAAAAUUAGAAAAAAUAGAUUUUUUUUUGUUAUUAUCGUUAAUAAUUAUAAUAAUUAAUCAAAUUUGACUACUUGGAAUUAAAAAUUAAAGUUAAUUAUUAUUAUUGUUUGAAGACCAGUAAAAAAAAAGAUUUUAAAAUUACUCACGAGCGUGCGCGAUUGAAAUUUUGAUGUCAAAUUUAUUUUUAAAAAAUUUCUAUUAUUUUUCAUAAUUUUUAAUUUUUGCACGUAAAUAAAAUUCACAAAAUUUUGAAAAUUAUUUUCAGUUUGUUUUUAAAAAUUUUUUUUUCGAAUCUUUUAUUUUUUUUAAUCCUAACCUAAGAAAUUAUUUUUAAAGUAAUUAUAGAAUUUUUGAGCAAAAAACGUGAGUAGAAUUUCAAAAAAGUUGUUACAAAUUUUACUCAACAAAAAAAAAAUUUUUUGUCUAAAGAAAAUAAAAAAAUUAAUUUUCAUUUUUAUGUGUUCAUUUUUAUUUGUGCGGCCACGUGGUCUAGAAUAACUUGAAAUAAUUGCUGGGUCACGUUAAACAAAUUUUUAAAAAUAUAAAUUUAAAAACAACAAAAUGUCAAAAAUUUUGAGCGCUAAAAUUGGACCCUCGAUUUUAAACGCCGAUUUAUCAAUUUUGUAUGAAGAAUCAGUUAAAUUAAUAGACAAUGGUGCUGAUUAUUUGCAUCUUGAUGUAAUGGAUGGUCAUUUUGUGCCAAAUUUAACUUUUGGUCACCCGGUGGUAAAAUGCCUGAGAAAAAAAAUAAAAAAUGUUUUUUUUGAAACCCAUAUGAUGGUUUCGAAACCCGAUCAGUGGAUCGAGCCAAUGGCUGAUGCUGGUGUUGAUCAGUACACUUUUCAUGUCGAGCCUGUUAAAGAUGUUGGGGCUGUUUGCAGAAAAAUUAAAGAAGCCGGGAUGAAGGUCGGUGUGGCAUUGAAACCUGGUACGGAGGUAGAUGUUGUUACGGAAUACAUUGAACUAGCAGAUAUGGUGUUAAUAAUGACUGUGGAGCCAGGGUUUGGAGGACAAAAGUUUAUGGAGAACCAGAUGGUGAAAGUUAAAUGGCUGAGAGACAAUUAUCCUGGUUUGGAUAUUGAAGUUGAUGGUGGAGUAGGUCCUAAUACUAUUGACAUGUGUGCCAAGGCCGGAGCAAACAUGAUCGUUUCCGGUACUGCUGUAAUAGGAUCUGCAGAUCAGCGUAAAGUUAUGUCGAGUAUGAAACAAACAGUAAAUGGAUACUUAAAUAAUUGAUAGUGAUAAUGGGCAUGUUUUAUAUUUUCUGGGAAUAAAAUUUUAUUUUUCAAUUUUAAA